AUGCUAUUGUUUCUGAGUGAGACUAUCGAUCGGGAAUAUAAAACAAUCUCUGUUCAAUGUCUUACUCCAGCAUUGGUCGCCACGAAGAUGGUUUACUAUGAGAGGGGCUCGACGUUUGUUGUCACACCGGAACACUUCGUGAAAGAAGCUGUCAACUCUAUUGGACUAACCAAGAAAACAAGCGGGUGCUUCAACCAUGAGAUUCAGAUGCUGCUGAUGCACCUGAUCCCAUGGACGUUCCUCAAAUACCUGAUCAUGCCCAUUUACUAUCAUCAUCGCAAACGAAUGGACAAAAUUCACGCGAAAGCUAAACACCAGCUGAUCGAGCGGUUCCCCGGCUAA